AUGGGGGCUGCAGCGCAGAGUCCCACUCUCUUGCUGCUCUCAAUAUUCCUGCCUCUGAUGCAGACCAAGACCCAUAGUGGCGCUGGGUCACACUCGCUGCGGUAUUUAAUAACCACGACCGGGUCUCGAACGGGUCUCCAACAUCGCCGAGUCUUCGCCGUUGCCUAUAUGGAUGACACGCAAAUCCUGGGCUUCCAAAGUGGUGAGACUAUUAAAAUGGAGGCGCGCGCGCCAUGGGCGAAGCAAAUGGGACCUGCUUAUUGGAAGUGGGCAAAAGACGCUAUGGAGGAUUAUACAAAAACAGCCCGAGAAAACCUGAAAUUUGCAAUCAAGAUCUAUAACCAGAGCGAUGACGACCAGUUCUUGCUCCGCGGGCACUAUAGACAUGCCUUUGAUGGCCGUGAUUACAUCAGCCUGAACGAAGAUCUGAGUUCUUGGACCGUGGCUGACAAGACGGCUCAGAUCACCCAGCGACAGUGGGAGGCAAAACGCUUAGCAGAGAACUGGAAGAUCUUCUUGGAGGGUCGGUGCGUUGCUUUGCUACUCUGGCACCUGGAGUUAGGGAAGGAAACUCUGCUGCGCUCAGAUCCUCCAAAGGCACAUGUAACCCAUCACCCUAGACCUGAAGGUGAUGUCACCUUGAGAUGCUGGGCCAUCAGAUUCUAUCCAUCUGAAAUAACCCUGACCUGGAAGAGGGAUGGGGAAGACCAGACCCAGGACAUGGAACUUGUGGAGACCAGGCCUGGAGGCAAUGGAACCUUCCAGAAGUGGGCAGCUGUGGUGGUACCUUCUGGAGAGGAGCAGAGAUACACAUGUCAUGUGCAGCAUCAGGGGCUGCCUGAGCCCCUCACCCUGAGAUGGGAGCCACCACCUUCUUGGCCCACAAUUGGAAUGACUGUUGGUGUGGUUCUUCUUGGAGUUGUGGUCACUGGAGCUGUGACUGCCCUUGUGAUGAUGAGGAAGAAAAGUGCAGCAUCUCGCACUGUGUCCCGGGCUGGCUUGGGAAUCACUAUGUAG